GAUCAGCGCUCUGGCCAAUCACGUUGCUCAAACAAUGUGACGUAGGAUAUUCAAAGUUUUCAGCAACGUUUUCGGUUUGGGUAGUCGGUGACGCUGCUGCUGCUUUCAAUUUGAACGUCAAGACUUUUAAACUUUACAGAAAAGUUGUUGUAUUUUAAUGUUUUCACACGAGUGAGGCAAGUUUUUCCUCAUACGUCAUGGAGGGUACAGUCAUUGGACCGGGUCCGUACCGGGCGACGAAGCUGUGGAAUGAAACCAUUAAACUCUUCCGUUUGGGAAUGCCACUCAGAAGACACUGGGCAAACUUCCGCUACUAUGACAACAGUUUCACAGGAUCUGAGGCUGUCGAUUACUUACAUGAGCUUCUGAGGCGCAACUACAACUUUGGGCCUGAUGUGACCCGCUACCAAACCCUGCAGCUGCUUAGGAAGUUCCUCAAGGCACACGCCAUAGAAGAUAUCAAGGGACGUCAUGGGACAGAGGACUUUGAAGACAAUGGCCAGCUGUACAGGUUUCCCACACUGUCUCCUCUGAAGUCUCUUCCAACAAGGCCUCUUUUGAGAGACAGCAGUGACCUGCCCAGACUCAUCCGUUGGGAUGACUAUGAAGAACUGCCUCAGCAGGAAAACAUUGCACCCCAUAAAUCGGCUGUCAUGGCUUCAGAUUUGUGGAAUAAAAGACACAGUGUAGCUAUUGGAGAUGUGCAUGAGUGCAAGCUCAUACGGAGGAAGGAGAUUACUACAAAACAAGUGGACCACAUUUGGAAAUCGAUGACAGUUGCACAUUUACAGAGAGUGCUAGGCCUGAAGUCAUUGGAUGGAGUGUUAAACCCCGCACAUGUGAACGGCAAGCACAUUGUUCACAACGUGUUCAGUGUUAAUAAGACGGGCAUAGUCGUACUGGAGAACAAAGCUGAUGACAUACCCUAUUGGGUGGUAUCAGCAAUGAAAUGUCUUGCCAACUGGCCUAAUGGCAGUGACAGCAAACAGCCAGUGUACCUGGGUUUUGAGAGAGAUGUUCUGAAAACAGUAGCAGAUUAUUUUCAAAGACUCAAAGAACCUCUUCUGACUUUCCAUCUAUAUGAGGUCUUUGUCAACAUUCUUAGUCUGCUGCAGGAGGAGGAGGUGACCACUGAAGCUCUUCAAAUCAGCAGUCUGUUGCUGCCACCGCCCAACCGAAGACGCCUCCAGCUUUUAAUGCGUCUCAUGGCGCGGGUCUGCCAGAAUCCCCACCUGCCUCCUCUCAAUGACACUAUUACUACCCGCACACUGAUGCUGCAGAUGUUUUCUCAUUGCGUUCUGGGCUCGGUAGAUGAGAUGGACUUGGACGAGCUGCUGGCCACCAAACUGGUGACGUUCAUGAUGGAUCACCACAACACCAUCUUCCAAGUGCCCUCCAAGCUGCGUUGCCAGGUUGAGGAGCAUAUGUCCCAUCUCAAGAGAGUUCAGAUCAAAUAUGCGGGUUCAGACACAGACUUUAGCGCUUCUCCGGCUUUUUGUAAACAGAUCAGGAGGGUAGAGUCUGAGGAGCAGAAAGUGAUUGGUACACAGACCCCCAUACAGGAGCUGCUGGAGGGUCUGAUUGCAGACAAAGAACUUCCUGCCAAGGAUAAAAGAAAAAGGCUUAAACAGUUUCAGAGGUCGUACCCAGAGGUCUACCACAAUCGAUUUCCUACCGAGGAAAGCAAAGCAGCCGUCAUACCUGAGAAACCCCCUCGACCCAAACCUCCGCUUAUGUUCUUCAACCUCAAGAAAUCUUUCCAGCCUUUCCAGAGGAGCUGGAGUUUUAGGGCAUGAUCUGCCUCCAUCGACGAGUCUGAAAACCAGGCCGUGCUCACAUCUCAACCACGGGGUCUUCUCACAGGGAGGGAUGUCACUGACAAGGUGCACUGUUCAGAUUUGGUACCACUAUGUUUUGAAUUUGUAGCACUAUAACUAGGUAAUGUUUUCACAGCUAAUUUUUAUUCGUGUGGUUGUAGUUGUGGAAUAUUGCCAACUAUGACUAACGUCAAACAUAUAUACAUUCAGGGCAUUUCCAGAUUUCUACUGAUUGUUGCCAGAAAACUUGAACAAAUUAUAUAUUCACAAAAUAAAUGAACCACUCAUGUUUCUUAAAAAUUAACUCAUAAUAGUUUUGCCAAUUCAUUAUGUUUUAGUAGUAAUUUUUCUUUUAUCCAUUUUUUUUGGAAAGGUACAAUUUACAUAGUGAUUCAGAAAACUACGACGAUAGAAAGAAAAAUGGACAAAACAAACUAUUUACAAAACUAACUAGAUUCACCGUAUUCAGAAGCACUGAGAAGACAAUAUGUAUAAAACAAGCAAUGACACUGCACUGUUAGAUAUUAAGAUAACCUCAAACAUUGCAUCUUGCAUUUCCAAGUAUUAGAUGUUCUUUAAACCUGGCAAUGUUGCUGUGGCAAAUUUUUUAAGUGUUAGGUUUUUCCUAACAAAGUGUUUUUUGUUUUUUUUUAAUGCUGUUAACGUUGAGAUGUUGUUGUGUUUAAUUUCAUUUGCAUUUCUUCACACAGCCACUGUGUUGAAAGUCAGAAUUUAAUGUAGCUAAAUUGAAUGAAUGCAUUUCAAGUCUAAGGGGUGAUUUGUUUUAACGUUUUAGCUUGUGAAAUAUUAAUGAUCAAAGUGUAUCAUGCUCUUGGAUUCAUAUUAAUACAGUUUUAUUGUAUGUUAUGCUGUACUGCAGCCACAGUGUUGCCUCUGAAUGACCUUUGACCAUGUCAUUUAAUGAGCGCGACUCCUGUGAUGCAAACGUGGAAGGGUCAUUAUGGCGCAGAAAGCACAAAUGCAUGUUUGUGUCUGUCGGGUUAAUGGUUACUUAAUGUCGCUGAACAUAUCAAGGGUUUGCCCCAGAAAGGGAGUGGCUGUGAUGUGUUACUUAAAUGAGAAGUGUUAGUUGCAACUCUGUGGGGAAAAUUACAUUUGCAACAAUUACAUCAAUCAUAACAAAAUAUGUAAAAAAUGUAUAGCUGUUGGGAUGUCCUGAUACCAAAUCUCAGACAAGGGAAUAAGCAAGCUGUCACCAUCCUCUCUUCAUUAACCCUCCCCGUACUUUACUUGAUUACUACAUGUGCACUCUACUCUCAUUUCACAUUUUUUAUUUGUCAGUUUUAUUCUGUAUAUAAGAACUAUUCUCUUGAUUGGUACAUAUUUCUCUGACAUUUUCAAUGUUUUGUCGUAAUUUUCUGUUUCUUUUUCUGUC